AUGUCACAGCAUUGUAUUAUGAUGAAUACAAUUGAGUGCGAGGCGCGGGCAUUUCGCCUCCGGUUUUCAAUUGAUACAGUUGUACGCGCGGCAGCAAGUCCAGGAGGGGCAUGGCGCGCAGUGGUUUCCCGCGUUGCAGCUCUUCGCGAGAAGCAAGGACUACCUUCGUUGAUCAGCGAUUCUGUCGAUGGCUGGACUCAAUUCGGCCUGAAUCAUCGUCAUGUGAUAUUUUUAGUGGAGCAAAUGCGUGGCGCAUUCCAGUGCUAUCGUUAUCGGUUCCGGUAUCAUUGUAGAAAAGUGGACCGACUUCGUCGAAAAUUCACCCCACCAGUACCAGUUGUUGAGGGUUGUGCUCGAGCCAUCGGCUGGACCAAACCACAACGUCCUGUUGGUCAUGCCCGCGAUCCACUGGGCUUUCUGCACUGUAAGGCCAAUCCGCCACCGCGACCUUUGCUCAAAUCCAGCCGAGACACUUUACUUGAUAAAGUCGACCACACGACCACUCAGAAUUGUCGGUUCUCUAACGGACCCGCCGCCCUACUAUCUCCCAACGAGCGAAAGAUGUGUGUAGAGGCCGCACGCCAGGCAGCAUCCCUUGUGGCAGUCCAGUUGAAAAUACCCAUGAAGAUGCGCGAAGCCUGUGUGGCUCAAGCAGUCGUUCAAGCUACUGGGUUACCUUUCAACUCAAUCGAAAAAGCUGAUGAUACAUCCAAAAACGGUGAAGCACAUUCUCCGAAAACUGAGCCCCUUUUUCCGCAGGACACCGUCAGUUCUAAUGAUACCCCUUCUGGAACCUCUUCUGAUAAUGAGGAAUCAGACAACAGUGAUCAGGAACCUGACUUGGGCAAUGUUAGCACGCAAUUUAAAAGACUGGUUUCUGGUUCCGCUGCCCGCUUCCUUCGCAUUUCUGUCCAUCCAUCACGCAUUCAUGGCCGUGGACUGUUCGCACUUCGUGGGUUCUUUGAAGACGAGAUGGUGGUGGAAUAUAUGGGUGAACUAAUUCGCAACUUGGUCUGCGAAGCACGCGAAGUUCGUUAUCGCGCAGCUAGUGUGGACUGCUACAUGUUCCGCAUCGAUGAGGAUCUGGUCAUUGAUGCUACCUACGCGGGUAAUGCUGCGCGCUUCAUCAAUCAUUCAUGCGACGAUAAGGAUCAGAUUUCAUUGAGGUAGGAAACGAAUUCAGUAACAAGUACGCGAUGUCGUCAAUGCCAUACUUCUGAAGAGCCGAUGGGAUUCCAUCUGGACCUCGGCGAAAGCCCAACUGUUACGCCAAAGUGAUAACCAUGGAGGACAGGAAACAUAUUGUUAUUCUUGCAAAACGAAGAAUUUACCCCGGUGAGGAACUGACCUACGAUUAUCGUUUUCCCAAAGAAUCAGACAAGUUGCUGUGUAACUGUGGCAGCUACAAUUGUCGUAAAUAUUUGAACUGAUGAACCUGGGUGGAACUCGAACCACGGAUAUUCUUGCACAUGACAUACACCGGAUGUGGAAAUUUACUCAGCUCGUCGCAUGAGGUUAUCAUCGUGAUCUCCGGAUAUGUUCGCUGGUCAAAACCCAGUCACUACUCUAGACAACAGGGGGAGCGCGUGUAUAUUUUCACGAGGAACUUUGCCGAAAUUGUUUUAUUCCUCAUUGUGAUUUCCCUUUUUUGUCUAAGAGAGUCACAUCCCUAUGGCUAGGUUUAUACUACCCAUUUUUUGUCCAGCCUCAGAUUCCCCUUUCCAAUCAGACUUUUACUGCAGUUUAUGUUCACGAUGUCCACCCCAUGCUUUUAUGUGCCCUGGUUUCUGUAUCUGAUCUACGCCACUCUCAGCCAUGAUCAUAACUUCCGGUCUCGAGCUCUUGUCCAUUGAUAUAGAUAAGUUCCAUACCCUCAUGUACAUCACACCCAAUUAUAUAUCCUUGUAUAAUAUCCCA